AUUAUUCCCUACAAGGAAAUCCUCCAGAUGUACUGGGAGAAAGCAACGAGCUUUGUGAAUGCCCAGUGUGAUGCAUUUGAACCCUGGCAGCUGGUUGUACUGACAUGUUCUUGUACUCUUAUAAGUGUAUGGCUGCAUGGCUUCUUCUUCCAAUCGGAGAGUUUAACAUCCCGAACUAAAAAGCAGUUCUUUAAACUACUGAGAAAAAUGCCCUUUGUGGGGACUAUAAUUCAAAAGAAGAUUGAUGAAGCCUUAAAUGAUGUCGCUUCCAGUUUAUCCUUCCUGAAAGAUGAAAAGGAUUAUAUCAAAGCACUGCCGGAACAAGGCAUGAGCCAGCCUGAAGUACUAGAGAAGAUGAAAGAGUACAGCUCAAAAGGAGACGUACGUUGGCAGGAUGGGAAAGUCUCUGGGACUGUGUACAGUGGUGAAGAGAAACUCACCCAUCUGCUAGUGAAGGUGUAUGAAGAGUUUGCCUGGAGUAAUCCUCUCCAUCCAGAUAUAUUCCCUGGUUUGAGGAAGAUGGAAGCAGAAGUAGUGAGGAUUGCCUGUACACUUUUCAAUGGGGGCCCAAACUCUUGUGGUGCUAUGACAUCUGGGGGGACUGAGAGCAUUCUGAUGGCCUGCAAGGCGUACCGAGACCUGGCUUACGAGAGAGGCAUCAAACAGCCAGAAAUGUUGGUCCCGAUGAGUGCUCACGCAGCAUUUGACAAGGCAGCACACUACUUUGGACUGAAGUUGGUUCAUGUACCAUUGACCAAGGCUAUGGAAGUGGAUGUUCAGGCAAUGAGGAGAGCUAUCUCGAAGAACACAGCCAUGUUGGUCUGUUCUGCUCCCCAGUUCCCGCAUGGAAUUAUGGACCCGAUUGAAGAGGUGGCAGAGCUUGCGGUGAAGUACAAAAUCCCCUUCCACGUUGACGCCUGCCUGGGUGGUUUUCUUAUUGCUUUCAUGGACAAGGCAGGGUUCCCUCUAAAGCGUCCAUUUGACUUCCGUGUAAAAGGUGUGACCAGCAUUUCUGCUGAUACUCACAAGUAUGGGUAUGCUCCCAAGGGUUCCUCAGUGGUGCUGUACAGUGACAAGAAGUACAGGAGCUACCAGUUCUUUGUAGCACCCGACUGGCAGGGGGGCAUAUACGCCUCCCCCUCCGUGGCGGGCUCCAGGCCUGGUGGAAUCAUAGCUGCGUGCUGGGCAACUCUGAUGCACAUAGGAGAAUCUGGCUACAUUGAGGCUACGAAGAGGAUCAUUAAAACUGCUCGUUUCCUUGAAUCAGAGUUGAGAAAAAUUGACAGCAUCUUCAUUUUUGGGAAACCUGAGGUGUCUGUCCUCUCCAUCGGUUCAAACACUUUUGACAUUUAUCGAUUAUCUAAUUUCUUAGCUGCAAAAGGAUGGAACUUAAAUGUCCUACAGUUCCCAUCAAGCAUUCAUCUCUGCAUUACACAGUUGCACACAAAGUCUGGUGUUGCUGAACAGUUCCUGAAAGAUGUCAAAGACAGCAUUGAGGAUAUCAUGAAGGACCUCAACGCCAAGACCACAGGCAUGGGAGCCAUCUAUGGAAUGGCCCAGUCAGUCCCAGACAGGAGCUUGGUAGCGGAGAUUUCUCAGGCGUACUUGGACGGCCUCUACAGCACGGAUGUUCCUUGCAGUGAAAAGCACAUGAAUGGCUCUCCUGGCCACCACUGACUGUAGGGCAACAAUCCAUGCCUUGCCCGCUAGCACUGGGGUGGUUCUGAACGUUUCCCAGGGGAAGAGAUUGCAGUAAGCCUUUGCUCCUACAAUGGCAGGUCUGAUGGCAGCUUGAUCUUGAAAACUUCCUUCCUUGUCUUAGUCUGUUCCAAAAUACACAUUAUUUUCA